CCAUCUCGUCCCUUCCCGGUGUCCCCGAGCAUGCCGGGGCCCCGCGUGCUGGCCGCGAUAUGCGGCGCACUGCUCUGCGCCUCCGGCCUCCUGGCCCAAACCGAGAUCUUCUGUGACUCCAGCCGGUGCAUGAAUGGUGGGACCUGCGUGAAGGACCGUGGUGAUUCAUUCCACUGUAUCUGUUUCGAAGACUUCACGGGCCGCCUCUGCAAUGAGAUUGUCGAAGGUCCCUGUUCCCCGAACCCCUGUCACCAUGAUGGCCAGUGCCAGGUGGCCAAGGACCAGCUCCGAGGGGACGUCUUCAAGUCGUACAUCUGCCAGUGCCCACGGGGCUAUUCAGGCACUCACUGCGAGACACAGUGCAGUAUGCCCCUGGGCAUGGUGGGCGGCGCCAUCGGUGACUGGCAGCUCUCCGCCUCCUCCGUGCAUUUGGGAUUCCUCGGCCUGCAGCGCUGGGGCCCCGAGCUGGCCCGCCUGUGGCGCAGCGGCCUGGUCAAUGCCUGGACGGCCAGCAACCACGACCAGAAGCCCUGGAUCCAGGUGAAUCUGCUUCGGAAGAAGCGGGUGACUGGUGUAGUAACGCAGGGUGCCAGCCGCACUGGGACUCCCGAGUAUCUGAAGACCUUCAAGGUGGCCUACAGCCUCGAUGGACACAAGUUCCAGUUCAUCCAGGACGAAGAGGGGUCUGGAGACAAGGAGUUUGAGGGCAAUAUGGACAAUAACAGCCUGAAGAUCAACAUGUUCAAGACCCCUCUGGAGACGCAGUAUGUGCGGCUAUUCCCCGUGGACUGCCGCCAUGGUUGCACCCUCCGCUUUGAGCUCCUGGGCUGCGAUCUGAAUGUUUGUUCAGGACUCCUAGGCCUGAAAGACGGCAGCAUCCCUGACCGGCAGAUCACAGCCUCCAGCAGCUACAAGACACUGGGCCUGCGUGCCUUCGGCUGGUACCCCUACUACGGGCGGCUGGACCGGCAGGGCAAGUUCAACGCCUGGGCUGCCCAGGGCAACGACGCCGAUGAGUGGCUGCAGGUUGACCUGGGCUCCCAGAGGCAGGUGACGGGCAUUAUCACCCAGGGGGCCCGCGACUUCGGCUACAUCCAGUAUGUGGCUGCCUACAAAGUGGCUUACAGUGACAACGGCAAGACCUGGACCAAGUACAGGGAGGCCGGGGCCACCGAGAGCAAGAUCUUCCUGGGCAACUCGGACAACUAUUCCCACAAGAAGAACAUGUUUGAGAAGCCCUUCAUGGCCCGCUACGUGCGGGUGCUGCCCGUGUCCUGGCAUAACCGAAUCACCCUGCGCCUGGAGCUGCUGGGCUGUUAGCAGCCUCCGUACCUGACUUGUUUGUUGAGAUGGGGUCUCGCUAACUACAUCUCUCCCAGCCCUGCUGCAUGGUGUGACCUGCUGCCUUCCCAGCCCUCCUGUGACUCCAGGGGCUGGGGUGAGGAGAGGGGGGUCCUUGCCUCUCUCUUUCUC